AUGGCGACUGCAUCUCAGGACUUGUCUGAUGAGUUGCAGUCUCCUCCAGUGAUGUGUGUGAACGGGCCGGAUGAUAAGCUCUUCAGGAGUCAGAGCGCAGACAUCACCCUGUCCUCCGAGAAGGAGCGCAUUAAGAAGAUGCUCUCAGAGGGGUCGAUCUGUGAGAUGAAUCUGGAGGUGGAGCUCUUCACUUUACAGGACAGCAAUGCUAAGCUGGUGGCGGCGCUGCAUGAGGCUAACGCUAACGUGGAGCAGUGGAAGAAGCAGCUGGCAGCGUAUCAGGAGGAGACCGAGAGAUUACGAGACCAGGUUGCGGAUCUGGAGGCUCAUGGUGGUCAUGGACCCAGUGAUCUGCUGAAAGAUGAACUCACUCAAUCCCUGGAGGAGCUGGAGAACCUGCUGAAGGCCAAAGAUGAGGAGAUCCUCAUCCUCCAGAGUAAGAAGUCAGAUUUCCAUGAGCUGGAGCAGGAGAGAGAAGAGGCCAUACACAGACUGCAGGAGCUGGAGAUGCGUAACAUGGAUCUAGAGCGUCGUGUGGAGAGCGCGGAGCAGACUCUGGCGGCUGCGCUGGAGGAUCGGGAUCGAGCCCACAGUGAAGUUCAGAGAGUCGUUCAGAUCCUGGACGUCAAGAUCUUUGACCUCAACGACCUGAGGCAGAGUCUGCUCAAACUCAUCAGUAAAUAAACACACACACACACACGCUUCUGUGUGCGCUCCAGCAAUAACACACUCAAAUACACUACCGUUUGUCAGAAACACUCAUCAUUUACUGCAUCACCAACACUACCUUGAUUUUUAUUCAUGUUCGAGGUCACACGUUGGACUGGAGAAGGUUGAUUCACUAAUGUCACGAUUCUUUUCUCAAAUGAUUCUGAUUCGAUUCAUAAUACAUUUUUAUUUUGGUUUCUUAUAAAGAAUGAACUCAUUUAGUGCAGAAAGUGAAAUAAUUCUGUUUACUCGAUAUCCACAGAUUUAUUUACCAUGUUUUACAUAUAAAAUGAUCACACUUAUCACAUUUAACAUCUCACAAAGGAAUAAAUAUUUAAUAAUAAACAUUAUUUGCUAAUUUAGCUAGCACAUUUCAAGCAUGCGUCAUAAAAAAAUCAAUGAAAUGUUGACGAAUAUAUUACAAGAUUUGGUUAAAAAAGGUGUUCAAAUAAUUUUGGCAGAAUCUAAAGUUCAUUCAUCUUCCUUCGGCUUAGUCCCUUUACUCAUCAGAAUUCGCCACAGCGGAAUGAACCGCCAACUAUUCCAGCAUAUGUUUUACACAGUGGCAUUCACAGUCAAUGUGUUGUCUCCUCUCCACCAAUCAGCUUGUGUGUGGUGUGCGGUCUGGCGCAAUAUGACUGCCUUCGCCUCAUCCAGGAGGAUGCUGCACACUGGUGGUGGAUGAGGAGACCCCCCCCCCCUCCCCCCAAAAAAAUGCGUAAAGCGCUUUGAGUGUCCAGAAAAGCGUUAAAUAAAUGUAAAGAAUUAUUAUUAGAGCAAAAUAAAGCAAGAAUCAAUCUGAAACUGAACUGUGACUUUGUGAUUCAACAAUGGAAGCGAAUGAUGUGAGAUAAUGUUCGCUUGUAGUCAGAUGCAAGCAAAAACAAUCUGAAAAUCUGCUUCUGUGCCAUCAUCUUGUUUUAUUUGUGCCGUUUUUGCUCAUUUUGGACGUAGCAAGAAUCACAGCUGGGAGUGUGAAAACCAAAGACCAGCGUGAAUGUACGUGUUCAUCCUCUGGAUCUGAGCGGCUGUAGUUUAGAAGCGUUAACUAAUAGCAGAGAACAUAGGUAGAAAUAAACAAUUGUUCUGUUCCCAUAGAUUAAUAAGAGCCCUUGAAUGCACAGGGCUGUAUUUAUUUCUGUUUAAGAGUAGCGGUAAUAGAGGAAUGGACUGUGAAUGUGCUUGAAUGCGUUUAGUUUUGUCUUUCUAAGGCUUCAAAUGCCCAAAUGAUGUUGCAUUAUAUUGUGAAAUAGCACAAGAAGCCUCUGGUCUGGCUGUCAAACUGCAGUAUUUAAAGUGCCGAGCGCCUGUGUUUAACCGGCACAACAGCACAAGCCACAUCUGUAUUUGCCUGCUUUAUAAACAGGGUUGGGGAAGUUACUUUUAAAGGUGCUGUGAAAUCUAAAGACAGUCACUAUUGUUAGUUUUAAUCAUAUCUAUAAGCUGAUCUACUUCAAAACUGACGAAAUCUGUGAUUAGAAGAUAUAAACUUGAUAUAAACAAUUAAAAGUUUGCAGUUUGUCACGUCAAAUGAAUCAGUGUUUCUUUUGACGUCAGCUCAUACUUCAGUUUCUCAUCAAAGUUUUUGACCAAUCAAAUUCCCUCUAGUGUCUGACAUGCCCCGCCCUCUUCUUCUUAUUGGCUGUUCAUUUGAUGCGCUUGAGCUCAGCCACUUUCACUGGCAGAGCUGUGACAAAACAAAACACUAUUGGCUGUUUUUUUUGAAAGGGGGAGGAGCUACUGUAUGCCCCGCCCUCUCUUCAUGGUUCAGGCAUGCCCACAUGUAAAAGUGUAUUGUUUUAAACAGAGUUUUCCCUGCUUUCGUUUUAAAACAAAUCUCUGUUCACAUGAAAACGCAUAAACACACUGAUGCAGGAUAAGCACACACUCAUAGGUCUCAAACUCAAUUCCUGGAGGGCCGCAGCUCUAGAGUUUUGCUCCAACCCUAUUCAAACACACCUGAUCCAACUAAUUAAGGACUUCAAGAGUAGUCUUGACCACAUUGAUUAGUUGAUCAGCUGUGUUUGAUUAGGGUUGGAGCAAAACUGUGGCCCUCCAGGAAUUGAGUUUGAGACCUAUGCACAUGCCAAACCAACAGGGGGUGAUAACUUUGCUCAGUUCAUAGAAAAUGGGGAAUUAAGUAUAUUUUGAAUUGCAUACAAGUCAAUGCAAAUAAUGCAGAAGGAUGUGAUACGUUUGCAGAGAACGUGCAAAAUUUGACCAAUUUGCAUCUUACAUUUCGCAUUCGGUGUGAAC